GGGCAACACUCCAAUCAUAUUUAAGAGCGUCAAACAGAUAAUCUGGAUCAACACUGAGGGAAUGGUGCAAUUGGAUUCUAGACAUCAUAGCAGGACACCAGGUACACAAAGAUGAAGACAGCUACAAAUAUUUACAUCUUCAAUCUUGCACUGGCAGAUGCUUUAGCCACGAGUACGCUGCCAUUCCAGAGUGCCAAAUAUCUGAUGAACACCUGGCCCUUUGGAGAGCUGUUGUGUAAGAUAAUUAUAUCAAUUGAUUACUACAACAUGUUCACCAGCAUCUUCACUCUCACUAUGAUGAGCGUUGAUCGCUACAUUGCCGUCUGCCACCCCGUUAAGGCACUGGAUUUCCGCACACCCAUGAAUGCAAAGAUUGUUAAUGUCUGCAUGUGGCUGCUGUCAUCAGCUAUCGGAGUCCCUGUCAUGGUCAUGGCCAUCACACGCCCAGAUGAUAACGGCAGUGUGAUGUGUGGCAUUCAAUUCCCAGAGCCCAAAAGAUACUGGGAAAAUGUAACCAAAAUUUGUGUCUUCAUCUUUGCCUUUGUCAUCCCGGUGUUGGUCAUUACAAUCUGCUACAGCCUCAUGAUCCUGCGUCUGAGAAGCGUCCGACUCCUCUCAGGCUCCAAAGAAAAGGACAGGAACCUGCGGAGGAUUACACGGAUGGUCCUUGUGGUGGUAGCCAUCUUCAUCAUCUGCUGGACACCGAUUCACAUCUUCGUCAUUGUCAAAGCCUUAGUGAAAGUUGGCUCAAGUCCCUUGAUUUCGGUCAGCUGGCACUUCUGCAUUGCUCUGGGGUACACUAACAGCUGCCUCAACCCUGUGCUCUACGCCUUCCUGGAUGAGAAUUUCAAGCGGUAUUUCCGUGAGUUCUGCCUGCCCCUGCGUACCAGGUUGGAAGAGAAUAGCUUCACCCGAGCUAGAAAGACCACCAGGGAAUCGGUUUGCGCCUGUACCCCCUCUGAGAUGGUCAACAAGCCAGUAUGACUAGGCGUGAACAAGCCCAGAAAGGGCUCACACUCUGUGAGAGAACAGGACCUGAAUUCUGAAGUAACACAAAUCACAACGGAGUUUUAACCAUUGUUAUUUCAAAUAAAUUAUGAUUGUAAUUUAAAUCUUUAAGGAGGAAAAUCGAGGCAUUUGCGUACUUGCCUCAGUUUUCCAGGGAGUUUAGUUCACACUGUAAUCUAGUUAGAAUUUCAUUUACAAAGUUCAAGUGAUUGCUUGUAACAAGGAAAAUAACUUAGCAAUUAUUUUUACAUAGGAGGCUUACAAACACGCACGCACGCACACACACACUGCCUUUGGCACAAAGGUAUACUUUUUUUUGAAGAAGUUGCCUUAAUUCAAUGUGUCAGGCUGUUUUACUUGGUGUUAAAUGUUUUCUAACCUUUUUUGGAAAAGUGGUACUACACAUAAUUUAUUUUACAAUUACCAUAAUGACACAGGUUCUAUUAUAGUUUAUAGUAGUCAUUAAUUAAAUGUAUCUCCCUGCAUUGAGUUAUGUAGAUGUUUUUAUAUACUCAUUACACAGACUUAAUUGUCCUAAAGCAAUGUAGGCAGAUCUGAUAUCUCCAUUCUUGCUGGCAGCCUUUUAUGAAACAAUCACCUUAUUUCCUUAAGAGUCGUUCUCAACCCAAAAGGACAUGCAAAUGCCUCAUUUGGAAAAUGAGGAAAUGAAUUAAAAGGAAUUCCUUCUGUUUCUCUAUGGUAG